UCACGGUGCUGCGCUGCUGCUGGUGCUGGAAGAUGAUGGUCGGCGGUCCGUGUGCGCGCAAGUCGGCUCGGCGCUCCCGGUCAGCUCUGAUCGCGGCUCUCACCGUGCUGCUCGUCCAGACGCUCAUCGUGUGGAACUUCAGCAGUCUGGACUCGGGGGACACGGGGGAAACCGGGGAGACUGGCGGCGUCGGCGGCGGCAGGGAGAAGCGGGACCGGCUCGGUGUGAACAAAGCCUAUGGAGAGUACUCGAGGAGCGGCGGUGCGCACCGGAGGCAGCACGGAAAAGCGGCGCUCCGUCAGAAACGCCAACCGGACGUCUACUACUCGCAGCGUCCCAAGGAGAAGGUUCGUGUGGACAGCAACAAUGAGAACUCUGUACCCAAGGACUUCGAGAGCGUCGACAACAGCAACUUCGCGGGACGGCUGCAGACUCAGCGCCACGCCACCAACAAACGCCAGCAAGAGAAAACCAAGAGCUCCAACGAGCUGGUCCACUACGGCCUGAACCGAACGGGGACGGGGGUCAGACCCGACCUCGCCCUCACGUCCCACCCGCCGAAACACCACGAACCGCAGGUCAGGAGGACGGUCGGGCACGUCCCCGAGAUUAAAUACGACCAGCCGCCGAAGUGUGAGAUCACAGGCAAGGAGGCCAUCAGCGCUCUGUCCCGAGCCAAAACCAAGGAGUGUCGGCAGCAGAUCGCCGAGAUUUACUGCCGGCACAAAGAAAAGCAGCUCAUGCCCGAGAAGGUCACCCGCUACUGCCCCAUAGAUGGUAAGGCGAGUAUGAACGUGCACUGGGAGGAGGACUCCAUGGAGACGGUGCCCGCCGUGCCCGUGAGGAUCGCCUUCGUGCUGGUGGUCCACGGUCGAGCCUCGCGCCAAGUGCAGCGGCUCUUCAAGGCCAUUUACCACACGUCACACUUCUACUACAUCCACGUGGAUCAGCGAUCCAACUACCUUCACAGACAGAUGUUGGCGCUGGCUAAACGCUACCCGAAUGUUCGCGUCACGCCCUGGCGCAUGUCGACCAUCUGGGGAGGUGCCAGUCUGCUCAGCAUGUAUCUACAGAGCAUGACGGACCUGCUGUCCAUGAGCCACUGGCCGUGGGACUUCUUCAUCAACCUGAGUGCCGCCGACUACCCCAUCAGGACCAAUGACCAGCUGGUGGCGUUCCUCUCCAAGUACCGCAACAUGAACUUCAUCAAGUCUCAUGGCAGAGAUAACGCUCGUUUCAUCAGGAAACAGGGUCUGGACCGGCUCUUCUUCGAAUGCGACACGCACAUGUGGCGCCUGGGCGACAGGAAGAUCCCGGAGGGCAUCGCCGUCGACGGCGGGUCGGAUUGGUUCCUUCUGAACCGCGCGUUCGUGGAGUACGUGAUCAACUCGCAGGACGACCUGGUGACCAACAUGAAGCGGUUCUACGCCUACACGCUUCUGCCGGCGGAGUCCUUCUUUCACACGAUGCUGGAGAACAGUCCUCACUGCGAGAGCAUGGUGGAUAACAACCUCCGGAUCACCAACUGGAACAGGAAGCUGGGCUGCAAGUGCCAGUACAAACACAUCGUGGACUGGUGCGGCUGUUCGCCCAACGACUUCAAACCUUCCGACCUGCCGCGCUUCCAGCAAACGGCCCGUCCCACUUUCUUCGCCCGGAAGUUCGAGGCCAGUGUGAACCAGGAGAUCGUGAACCAGCUGGACGCGUUCCUGUUUGGAGGUUACCCACAGGGUAUGCCAGGACUCAAAGCCUACUGGGAGAACGUUUACGAUGAACCUGAUGGCGUCCACAGCCUGAGCGACGCCCUGUUGACCCACUACCACGCCUUCGCCCGCCUGGGCCUGGAAAGGGCGGUUAGUUCCCUGCAGGGGGAUCCCGGCAACAACCGCUGCAGGUACUACGCUAUGGGACAUCCUGUAUCCGUCCACAUCUACUUCCUGUCCGAUGAGUUCCAGGGCUACCUGAUCAAGCAUCACGCCACCAACCUGGCCACGAGCAAGCUGGAGACUCUGGAGACCUGGGUGAUGCCCAAGAAGUUCUUCAAAUUCACCAACCCACCGAACAGCUUCAAUCGGCUGCAGUACGCCGAGAUCGGUACAGACUGGGAUGCCAAGGAGAGAAUCUUCCGGAACUUCGGAAACCUGAUGGGACCGCUGGAGGAGCCGGUGGGAAUGCAGAAGUGGGCCAAAGGGGCAAACGUAACGGUGACUGUCGUGUGGAUCGACCCCACUAACGUGAUCGCCGCCACCUACGACGUCCUGAUCGACUCCGGAGCGGAGUUCACCCACUACAGACCCCCGCUGAACACGCCGCUGCGGCCGGGCAUGUGGACCGUACGAGUGCUGCACCACUGGAGCCCCAUGGCAGAGACGCGCUUCCUUAUCACGCCGCUCACGCACUAUAAACACCAGCCUAUUCGCCAAGAGGACGCCUUGAAGGUGCACAACGGACCAGCCAAAAACAGCUACAUGGAGCAAAGCUUCCACGGCCUGAACCCCAUCCUGAACAUCCCGGUCCAUUUAGGUCAAGUGGAGGAGGCUAAGCUGAACGCCGGACUGACCGGGGCGCGACUGGAGCGCUGGGUGGACAGCCUGGUGGCGGAGGUGUGGGCGGCGGCGGACGUUUGCGCGGCGACGCCCUCCGGCUGUCCGGUCCUGCAGGCGUGCAGGGAGACGUCCUGGAGCUCGCUCAGUCCCGACCCGAAAUCUCAGAUGGGCUCCACAAAAGCCAACGGUACCAUCAGGUAG